AUGGACGAAGUUGUGAGAUUACACGGGGUACCAGUAAGUAUAGUAUCAGACAGAGACCCUAGGUUUGUAUCUCGAUUCUGGCAGAAGCUGCAAGAGGCUCUAGGAACUAAGUUGAGCUAUAGUACAGCGUAUCAUUCUCAAAUCGAUGGACAGUCUGAGAGAACCAUUCAAACUCUUGAGGAUAUGCUAAGAGCCUGUAUUGUAGAUUUUGGAGAUCCGACUCACAUUUUGCCAUCAGAAGAUAUUGAACUGGACAAGUCUUUAGCCUAUGAGGAACGACCAUUUCGAGUACUGGAUAGGAAGGUGAAGGACUUGAGAAAUAAGCAGAUUCCACUGGUUAAGAUUCUAUGGAAACACCAUGAGGUGGAGGAAACAACCUGA